GGUGUGGUUUAGACUCACGUGAUCCUUUCUCUUUCUUUCCCUCCACCACGUGCUCUGAACCGAAGAGGCCAUUAUGCCAGGGAGACUAGUCUAUUCAAAGACGUAUGUCACUCCUCGUAGACCAUUCGAGAAGUCUCGUUUAGACCAGGAGCUAAAGCUUGUUGGUCAGUACGGGCUGAGGAACAAGAAGGAAGUGUGGCGGGUCAAGUAUACUCUAGCUAAGAUAAGGUCUGCUGCUCGUGAGCUCCUCACAUUGGAAGAGAAGCACCCAAGACGACUUUUUGAGGGUAAUGCUUUAUUGCGUCGACUGGUUCGUAUCGGUGUACUGGACGAGUCAAAGAUGAAGCUUGAUUUUGUAUUGGGUCUUAAGGUUGAGGAUUUCUUAGAGCGACGCCUUCAGACCCAGGUAUUCAAACUAGGGCUUGCCAAGAGUAUCCAUCACGCUCGUGUUCAGAUCCGUCAAAGACACAUCAGAGUUAGGAAACAGAUUGUUAAUGUUCCUAGUUUCAUAGUUCGACUGGAUUCACAGAAACACAUUGACUUUGCUCUAACCUCUCCGUUUGGUGGGGGUCGUCCUGGACGAGUGAAGAGGAAGAAUAUGAAGAAGGCAGCAGGAGGGGGCGGGGCUGAUGAUGAUGAAGAUGACGAAGAUUAAGCAUCAUUGUAUUGUAAUUAUGAAUGGACAAUAGAUUUCCAUUUUCUGAUAAUAAUUGUUAUAAAGAGAUUUUCCAAUUUUGAAAAUUAUGAAAGUUUCAAACGUGUUAGUCUGUGACUGUGAAAUCU